AUGGCCAACAAGAUAUUGUUGUGUCUUCUGUUAUUUUACCUACUUUUAAACUAUUCGGAUUGUAAAAGAUUCGGUUCCUCUAGACGUUCGAGUGGUUCCAGAUCAAGAUCAAGGUAUAGUCGAGGAUGGGGUUCGAGCUCAGCUAGCAAACCAUCAACGAGCUACAAACCUAGCCACUCCUCCUCGUCUUCUUCCGGCUCAUCACAUAAGUAUCCGUCAUCUUUUUCUAGCUUACUCAAUUCAGUGUUUAAUACAAAUUCGCCUUGGAAGAGUACUUAUCACGGAUUUGAAAGUUUGAGUUCAUAUCCAGGGUCAACGGGAUUAUCUGGAUCAGGAUCAGGCAGUAGUAAAUAUCCAGCUUCAACUGGCUUAUCCGGUUUAGGAAGCGGUAGCUAUCCAUGGUCAACAGGGUUAUCUGGGUCAGGAUCAGGCAGUAGCAGCAAGUACCCUGCAUCAACAGGAUUAUCUGGGUCAGGAUCAGGCAGUAGCAGCAAAUACCCUGCAUCAACAGGAUUAUCUGGCUCAGGAUCAGGCAGUAGCAGCAAGUACCCUGCAUCAACAGGAUUAUCUGGGUCAGGAUCAGGCAGUAGCAGCAAGUACCCUGCAUCAUCGGGGUUAUCUGGCUCAGGAUCAGGCAGUAGCAGCAAGUACCCUGCAUCAACGGGAUUAUCUGACUCAGGAUCAGGCGGUAGCAGCAAAUAUCCAGCAUCAACGGGAUUGUCUGGCGCGGGAUCGAGCAGUAGCGGCAAAUAUCCAGCAUCAACAGGGUUAUAUGGCUCCGGGUCAGGCAGUAGCAACAAGUACCCAGCAUCAACCUGGUUGUCUGGCUCAGGGUCAGGUAGUAGUAGCAAGUAUCCAGGAUCAACGGGAUUAUCUGGUUCUAGUGGUAAGCACAAUUAUCCGACGACUUCUACAGGAUUAUCAGGAUCGGGAAUAAAUAAACAGAAUUAUCACCCUUCAAAUACAAAUACAAAUUCUUCUCAUCCGUACCACCACAGCAAUACUUAUAAUACGAACAGUGCGUUUGGAUCUGGAUAUAGUGGAAGUAGCCCAUAUGGUUAUGGCCACAGUACGUUUUAUUCAGCUCCUCAACAUGUAUACAUAACUGAAUAUCGAAAUUCUGAUAGUCGAUUUGGAGAUUUGUUAACUGGUCUUACAUUAUAUAACAUGGGUCGUUCUCAUGGACAUUAUCACGAUCACUACUAUUAUGAUGAUUACUAUAGGCGUAGAUAUAAUACGGGAGAAAGUUAUCAGACGCCAUACGAAAAACCAAAAGACGAAGCAUACUGUGCGCUAAGAGUUAAAGAAAAUAAUAAAAUAGAAGUACUUAAAAUACCUUGCGAAAUUGUUUCAACAUUUACAGAAGGAAGCAAAAAAUCUUCUCCUAAUACAGAAACUCAGACCGUUUGUGUCUCAAAUUAUACGGUUAUAAAUAACACACAAUCUGUAUCUACAACCACCCCGCCAAGUAGCACCACGUUAUCUAAUAAUCGCUCUAAUAUUCUGCCGAGCAAUGAGAGCGUAAUAAAUUCAACAGUGUUACCAAUUAAUGCUUCCAUAACAACAGUGUCAGAAUCUACUAAUGUCUCUACUGCAGAUAAUUCUUCAAUCUUAUCCAACAAUAAUUUGUCAACAUCAUCUAGUCUUCCAGAAACAACUACACAAAAUGUUACUACUUCCACCACGGUGAGACCUAUAUCUUACUCCAAUAGUACGUCUCCUCCAGUCAAUAAUUCAUCAGCAACGACAUCAAACAUCACCGUAAUGAAUUCAACUAAAUGUACCACCACUACAGACCCAUUGAGUGUCAAAGGGCCCCCGAUAAAUACCUCAAAUAUGGAAUGUGAAGUUGAAAUAGUUACAAAACAAUCUCGAUUUAGCACAAAAGUCGAUUGUGAAACGCUAUUAAAAUACUCAAAAAUGCCAGAACCACCAAAAACGGGUAGUCCCAUCCUACCUUCAAGAACUAAAUUAAAAUCAUGGCUUUCUAACCCGCCAUGGUGGAUGUCAAUGAUCAUCGCCGUG